AUGCCACAGGCACCAAGAAUUCCUCCCGCUUUGUGGGAAGCCGAAAGACCUCGCAUAACUGAGCUGUACGUCAAUCAAGACAAGACUCUCGACGACGUUAUCCAGAUCAUGACUGAAUCUGGCUUCCAUGCUACGAGAGCCCAAUACAUUCGCAAAGUGAAUGUCAACUGGAAACUGCAAAAGAAUUACACCAAAGAAAAAUGGCAGCAUGCGAGCGCUUUAGUCACCAAGCGUGAGGCUGAGGGAAAGACAACCCAGCUCAGCAUCGAUGGUAAAGUCAUACCAGAGAAGAGGAGGAAGAAAGAACUGAGAAGAUAUCAUGUUCCGCAACUCGAGGAAGAUUUCGUUCGUACUAGCGACUGUGGUGUGGUUGCUUUAACACCGCCAUCAUUGAGCUCGAAGAUUGUUUUCAUCAACAACCUCCCUUGGCUGAACUUCCGAGAAAGUUUCACUAGCCUGAUCAGGAGUCGAGCACUACCUUUGAGUCCAAACCAACAAAAUGGGUCACUUGCCUUUGAAGUGACAUGUCCAUUACUCUCAGGCGUCGAUGCCAAUAGGGAAAUAGCUACAGGAGGUCUGCCACUGCCAGAGCCGCCAGAACUCGUCUCCGAUCUGGCCUCGAAACGCCUUGACAUCACACGACAGAGACUAUCUGAUCUGAUGCCAAUUCUGGAUAAUUCAAUGGAACUACUCCAACAGAAAGAGCCAUCAUGGUUACAAAUUUUUAACUCGCUUGUGUUUCUUUGCUCUAAUAAUUUGAUGGGAACCGAAGACACCUCCUACGACCUACUUUGGGUUGCUAUCUCGAGUGGCUUCCUCAUCAAGAUGAAGCAUCUUCUUAAUCUAACGGGACCAACCACAGAAAUAUUUGCAAGAAGCCUUCUCUUUGUGGCCAUCAGAGUAGGAGGAGACAGAGGAGUGGAAUUCUUAUGUUUUUUACUCGAGUCUGGGGUCAGCCCUGACAGCAUUGAUCCCUAUGACAGACGCUCUGCGUUAUACCAAGCAGUGAGACUGGAUAACAUGUCUGCGGUUCAGCUACUUCUUACCUUCGGGGUGGACGUGAAUGCGAGGAGCAAAGGUACCGAAUACGACACUGUCGAUAGUCCUCUUAAUUGUGCCCUUGGUAUACCUGAUGACGAUGGAACAAUCGCAAGGAUGCUGAUUAAUGCUGGCGCAGACACCAACUCGGGACUCGAGAAACCUCUCAUCCGGGCUGCCAGAAAGGGCAAAUCGUCCUUCAUAAGACACAUGUUGGAGGUCGGAGCAGACCCGAAACUGUUACCAGCAGGAGGCCUUUCAGUGAUGUACUACGCAAUAUAUCGUCAUGAUCUGAUCAUGGUUGACAUGUUGAUGAAAGCGGGCUUCAACUUGAACCUGUCGAUAGAGGAACUUGAGAAUACGGAUCUUAAUCUCAUGAGAGAUGAGUUUAGUGCCCCCAACGCACGCGGAAUCCUUACUCCCGUGCAGCUAGCAGUACUUCGAGGUGCUGCUGAUAUUGUCAAGCGACUAAUAGAGGGUGGUGCACUUAUGGACACGUUUAUCAAGCCAGAAGUUCUCAGGGGCAUAAGUUCAUAUAUACCCUUUGAAGGAAUAUUGACUCCCCUUCAGAUAUCGAUCCAACAGAGGAAGGAUGAGAUUACUAAAAUACUACUAGAUGAGGGUGCCAGCGUUGACUUUCGACAUCCAUCCACCUCGACAGCACUGCAGUUGGUAUGCAGCAUAUCAAGAGAAGAAAGGGAGAGGACAGAAUUGAUUGAAGUACUGUUGGCAAAGGGAGCAGAUGUGGAUGCUCUUCCGGGAGAAGUGGCAGGGAGAACAGCAAUACAGGCUGCAGCUGAAUCUGGGAAUUGUGACCUCCUCAAACUCCUUUUGAGUAAAGGUGGCAAUCCCCUAGCCCCUGCCGCUACGAAGAAUGGACUGACGGUUUUCCAAGCUGCACUAAAGUCCGGCUCAUCUGAGCUUGUGACUUACGUAUUUUGGGAACUAGGGAGUCACUAUGGCGGUCUCGGUAUCCUCGACGGAACGAAUUACCUGGAGGAAGCAGUGUCAGCAGGUGACAUGCAGCUUCUGAGUACAGUGAUGGAGUUCUGGAGUCGCCGUGGGUUACGUUGGCCGAGUGAACAUAUUUUGUCGGCCCUUAGAGUCGCAGUCCGGAACGGGUUGACGUACCUCAUUCAGUUUCUCGACGCUGUUUCAUUCACUAUUUCCGAAGAGGAUGUCGGAUCCAUGAUAUGCGAAUCGAUUUGGAGUGGAGAUAAGAUAACAUUUGACUGGUUGAUGAAACAUUUCCCCGAGUCUGAGCUCGACCGUCCUCAGCCUGGAUACCCGACACCUCUCUGGCUAGCGUUGUACAAAGGCCAGUCUUACAUGGUACAACGAUUGGUCGACGCGGGAGUAAGCACAAAUCAACCAUCAUUACCUCUAGGCUCCAGAGAAGGCGCUUAUCUUGGCAUGGUAGCUGAAAUGCCACUCAAGCAGGCAAUAUCUCGAUUUGACAGCAGGUACAUAGAACUCCUUCUUGAAAAAGGAGCAGACCCAAAUGCCGUGGACUUUUCAAACCAAAGAACUGCGCUUGGACUUGCUCUUGUACGAGGCGCCUCGCUCUCAACCCUUCAGUUACUUAUACACUACGGUGCAGAUGUCAACAAGCCUUCAAAUGGGGGGACACCACUUGAGCAAGUCAUAAAAGGACGUUUUUUGCCAGAUGUUGCUCUAGAGAGAUUCCAAUUACUUCUUAGGUGUGGGGCCGACGUGAAUGUUUUAACAGCUGAACAGACAUUGAUUCAAUUGGCUGUUAGCAAGGAAGAUCUGACGUUGGUCAAGCUUUUUAUUGAAGCAGGAGCGGACGUUAAUGCGUCAGGGACCGGGAUGACUGCACUUGAGGCAGCCGUUCAUGGCAACAAUACAUAUCUAGCAAAGCAGCUUAUCGAAGCUGGAGCCGAUGCGAGCAUUUCCUCGACUGCAACGAGUGCACUUCAGCUGGCUGUCGCCAGGAAUAACAUGGAGCUGGUUGAGCUUCUUAUUCAAGAAGGUGCGGAUAUCAAUGUUUUGUCACUGGAUAAGACCGCACUUCAAACAGCUGCCGAUGUUCAGAGUCUGGAAUUGCUGAAGUAUCUCAUUGAACGGGGUGCUGAUGUUGACGCGGUAUCCCUUGACAAUGUCGCGACAACUCUUCAGUACGCCGCGAUGAAUGGCAACAUUGAGAUCGUCAAGUAUCUUGUCGAGCGUGGAGCCUCAGUCAAUGAUCAGGCUAGCCGUUUCUACGAAUUGACAGCUCUCGGGCUUGCAGUUAAAAAUGGCCAUACUGAGGCAGCCAUUUUCUUCAUCGAAAGCGGAGCUUCAGUCGACAAAAGUCCCACUGCUGAUGGUACAACUACACUUCUUCAGCUCUCCGCAAAAUAUGGGAAUCACGAAAUUGUGACUUAUCUGGUAGAGAACGGAGCCGCAGUCAAUGAAGCAGCCGCGACUGAAAGAGGGGCGACUGCUCUUCAAUAUGCAGCAAUCACUGGUAACAUCAAGAUUGCUGUUUUCCUGCUCGAGAACGGGGCUCAUAUCGGCGCCAAGGGAGCAGGCUUUGAUGGAAGAACUGCACUUCAAGGAGCGGCAGAGCAUGGCCGACUUGAUAUGGUCUAUCUGCUAUUAGAUAAUGACGAAGAGCCCGACACGGUUGAGGAAAGGUGUCACAAUGCAGCAGAAUUUGCAGAGGCUGAACACCAUGAUGUUAUUGCUAGGAUAUUGAGAGACUACAGAAGGCCGUAA